AUGAUGGCCAAACCGCAAAAUGGGAAGCAGGGCCUGUCUGAAGGGGAGAUGGACGUGAGCUCGCUGUUUAAGAGGACGGAAGUUGUUGGACGAGGGAAGUUCGGUGUAGUUUACAAGGGCUAUAACGUGAAAACAAGACGAGUGUUCGCCAUCAAAGUACUAAAUCUAGACUCUGAUUCGGACGAGGUAGAAGACGUGCAGCGGGAGAUCCAGUUUCUGGCGUCGCUGAAGCAAAUUCCCAAUAUCACGCGGUACUAUGGGUCGUAUUUGAAAGAUACCAGUCUUUGGAUCAUAAUGGAAUACUGCGCUGGUGGGUCUCUUCGUUCGUUGCUAAGACCAGGCAAAAUUGACGAAAAGUACAUUGGGGUUAUCAUGAGAGAACUGCUUGUGGCUUUGAAAUGCAUUCAUAAAGAUAACGUCAUUCAUCGGGAUAUUAAAGCUGCUAACGUAUUAAUCACAAACGAAGGUAAUGUCAAGCUGUGUGAUUUCGGUGUUGCUGCACAGGUAAACCAAACUUCUUUGCGACGUCAAACCAUGGCCGGGACGCCAUAUUGGAUGGCACCGGAAGUGAUCAUGGAAGGUGUUUAUUACGACACCAAAGUAGACAUAUGGUCUUUAGGUAUAACGACAUACGAGAUUGCUACAGGGAACCCGCCAUACUGUGACGUAGAGGCCUUGAGAGCCAUGCAGUUGAUUAUAAAAUCGAAACCACCGAGAUUAGAGGGCAGAUCGUACAGCUCCUCGCUGAAAGAAUUUAUUGCCCUUUGUCUCGAUGAGGAUCCUAAGGAAAGAUUGUCGGCAGAUGAUCUUUUGAAAUCAAAAUUUAUCAAGAACCAUAAGGCUACUCCGACUUCUAUUUUGAAGGAACUGGUAUCAAGAUAUUUGCUUUUCAGAGACAAAAACAAAAGCAUGUAUAGGAUCGAGGGGAGUAUGCCAGAGAGCGAACUAUCGAAACCGACCGAGGCUCAAAGUUCAUCACAAACCAGUGGGGGUAAUGAAGCACAAAGACCAGCGAAAUCAUCUGAGUAUGAACUCAAGAUGGCGAACGAAGGAGACGUGGAAACCAAAUGGGAUUUCGAUUCCUUGAGUUCGUCGGAUUACAUUAUCGAGAAUAACAUCAAUCUCGAUGUUCUUGCUGAAGAUACGAACAACGAAUGGGCGACUGCACAACACGAUCAGUUUAACUAUGCGUACCCCGACGAAGAUUCUUAUUACUUCGACCCAACAAAUCAUAAUACCAGACCACUAGUUUAUCAAGGGACUACCAUAGGCAAAGGCUAUUCUGGUACAAUAGCACAGAACUCCACUCUAAACGCUCCCGUAACAACUAAUUACACAAAUUCAAAAUACCCUUCCAAGAUGGUAGCUGGAACUACAAACACUUCUGGAACUCACACUAAUGGUCCGAUGACAUCUUCCAAAAAACUAGAGAAUAAAGCUCCAAAGCAGUUGCUCGAGCUUUUCGAAGACAACGACAUCAUUACUGGUGAAAAUGAUAUGAACGCCGAAGCUCCUAAAAUGAACAAGUCUAUUUCUUCUUUGAAUGCCGGUAACAAUUCGAGAGAAGAUUUCGUACCCUCCAAUGAGGUCAACGGGAAUAUGAAUAGCAACAAGAUACGGCCGCAUCUCCCACCUUUAUCAAAUGGGAAUAACUAUUACAGCCAAAGUACUCCUGCUUUGCCACUACUCCAAACAAAGUUUAACAAGACAUCAAAGGGGCCCCCAACAAGCGGGUUAACAACAGCCCCAACAUCUAUUGAGAUUGAAAUUCCAGAAGAACUACCGGAUAGUGCCUUACCGACACCCGCAAGCGCUGAUCCGGUUUUAAUUACAAGCACAAAGGCAAGGUCCUCUACAAUGACAGCUGGUACAUCACCGUCCUCCACCUCAGCACAAUAUAAGCCAGUCCCAAGCGUGUCGAGGCGAUUGACAGUAAGUACUAAUAGGCCAGAUCAUAGUCCAAGCAUGAUAGGAGGUCAGAAAUUAACCGCAACGGCCUCCACCACUGCAAUCAGCACGCUUGCUACUAGCAGCAGCAUCUACAACAACAGUAAUAGUGCCGAUGAUGAAACAUCAAGAGGAAGCAGCGGUAGUAAUACUGCAAACAGCAUACAGAUGAGCAUAACUAACUCAAGUAAUACAACAAAGUUGUCAACUCAUAAAGCUUCGUCUCCUUCAAGACCGCUACUGGGAACGGGUACUUCUCCCAAUAGGAAACCAGCAAAUUCGCCUACACAAAAUAUCAAUCAUAACGGUAUUCACACAAAUCUUGGGGUUCCUCCUACGAUGAAACCGAUGGUCAAUAGCAAGGAUAGCAAAGAUAUUCUUUUACAACCUUUGAAUAGUAUAACUAGCUCUUCUACCAUCAACACCACUAAUAGCAAUGGUGGUAAUAGCACGACGAGUUUGAAUCAUUUCUCUAACGAAAAGGAAAAUUCAAGAGUUAACGGCGACUUCAAACGUAAUAACCCAAACUUAAAACUACAAAUGCCAUUACCUACGCCUGUUGUAAGAAACAAAUUACUGGAUCCGAAUAUAGCAGCUCCAUCGAAUACCAAUGGUAUGCCAGGAAGUGCUGGCAUAUGUACGAACGAAAACAUUAAUCAGUUUGGAUUCAAUACAAGUAGCGCGUCCAAUAUUCCUGUGUCAAUGACUCCAAUAAGUGAAAAGCAUAUUGAUUUUGGAAGCAAGAUUAAGAGAAGUCAGAGUAUCUCCAAUAGGAAGAACUCUUCUGCUUCGGAACACCCAUUGAAUAUCCUUAACUCAACUGUUCCCGGCAAUCCCUGUGGCACCAAUAACAAUAACACCGGCGCUAACAACAACAUUUCUCUUGCUCUUAACACGGGUGUCGCUGGAACCAACACUAAUGCCACUGCCGCCACCAUUCCAAGUUCUACCACAGCUGCCACAACUGCUCCAAUUUCUCAACAGAGUAUUCAACCGGGAACCCAAUCCAAUCAUAUUUUGAAUUCUACUACUGCUGUUGCGAACCCAACAAAUUUGCUAGGCCUAGCGAUGUAUCCUCCACCACAGAGUUUACAAAUGGAGAUGUUUUUGGACUUAGAAACGAGUCUAUCAGGAAAACAAAGACGGAUAGACAGGAAACCUCAAGUUCUGAAGGAGCUAGAAAAUCUUUUACAGAUGUUUGAGGAGGGACUCCCUUGUAUCGAACAUGCUUUGAAGGAGCAACUCACGUCAACGCCCAUCAAGGACAAUGAGCAUUAG